AUGGCCGCCGCAAACCAGUACACUUGGCUCAUCACGGGCACUUCCCGUGGCAUCGGCCUCGAGCUCACCAGGCAGCUGCUUGAAGACCCUGCGAAUUUUAUUGUGGCCACCUGUCGGACCCCCGCGAAGGCGACUGCGCUCGAGGUGCUCAAGACCACCGCCAAGGGGACGCUACAUAUUGUCAAGCUCGAUGUCGACGACAUCGAGGGCAUCAAGCAGUCGGUUAACGACGUUGCGUCGCUACUCGGCGAACGCGGUCUAGACUACCUCGUCAACAACGCCGCCGUCAACCAGAAGAUCGACACCGCGUUCACGAUGGACGUCGAGGGCUGGGGCGCCGUGUUCAAGACGAACGUCGUCGCGCCCGCGCUGCUCGCGCAGGUAUACCUGCCGCUGAUCGAGCGGAGCACGAAGAAGACUAUAAUUAACGUGUCGAGCUCGCUCGGCGCGUUCGGGUACGGGUACGGCGAGCUCUGGGCGUCGUACGCGAUCACGAAGACAGGCUUGAACAUGCUCACGUACAAGCAGCGCGCGGAGCGGCCUGACCUCAUGGUCGUUUGUCUCUGCCCUGGCUGGGUCAAGACAGAUAUGGGCACGGAGGACGCGCCUCUUGAGCUCGAGGAGAGCGUGUCCUCGGUCGCAAAGGUUCUCACGUCGCUCAAGCCAGGGGACAACGGGCGGCUUAUCAACUACCGCCACGAAAUCGUCCCAUGGUGA